AUGGCUCUUAUUACAGAGUAUAUGAAGAGAGGAGAAUUUCAUUGGAUGCAGGAAGCAGUUAAGGCCUUUCAGUUAAUCAAAAAGCGAAUGACAGAGGCUCCAGUCAUGCGACUCCCAGAUUUUUUCAAAGUUUUUGAGGUCGAAUGUGAUGCGUCAGGGGUAGGAAUAGGUGGAGUCUUGAGUCAAGAACGCCAUCCUAUUAUUUAUUUUAGUGAGAAAUUAAAUGGUGCCAAGCAACGGUAUUCGACUUAUGAUAAGGAGUUGUACGCAGUUGUACAACCCUUUAUAAAAAGAGUUGAAAAUCGAGCUGCUGACGCUUUAAGCCGUCGCAUUUCCUUAUUGUCCAUCAUAAGUGUUAAGGUCAUAGGGUUUGAAAGACUUAAGGAAGAGUACAAGUCAUGUCCCGAUUUCAGAGACAUUUUUCUUGCUUUACAAAAUGGGGAGUUGGACACCACUGAUGGUUUCCGUUUGGAGGAGGGCUAUCUUUUUAGAUCCAAUAAUUUGUGCAUCCCGAGGACUUCACUACGAGACUUUAUAGUGUGGAAAAAUCAUGCUAGUGGGUUGGUCGGACAUUUUGGGCGUGAUAAGACUAUAGAGGAGAUCGAACGUCUAUUCUAUUAG